GGAUUUGGGGCAGUUUUGGGGCCGGGAUCCAGCGGCUCUCGGUGGUGGCCCGGCUGGGAAAGAGCCCCAAUUCCACGGAGCUGGAGGAGGUCGGCCGCUGGGGGGCGCAGCAGGAGCGCGAGACGCGGCCCCUGCGGCGGCCCCGGCCCGAGCGGCUCUUCGGGAAGCCGGAGCGCGGCAACCGCUACCUGCUGCAGGUGGAGGCGCAGCUCAACGCCUCGGGCGGGCUCAGCAGCGAGCUCACCCUCACCUGGGACCGCACCGGCGUGCCCGGCGGCAGCGAAAUCUCCUUUUUCUGGAUCUCUUGUGGUUAUUUUGGGGAUGUUUUGGGACCAUUUUAG